AUGUCCAGACUCCUCCUCUUCAAUGCCACUCGUUGUCGAUGCCCCCACCAAUUCCGCCCACCAUUCACCCUAAUCCAAACCCAAACGCUCGCCUUAGCCCCAACCCCGUCAGACCAAUAUCCCGCUUGGAAAAAUGCACGAGCACAAAGGAACUACUCCAAUGGCAGCACACCGAACGAACCCAGAGUACCGGAUCAUUAUAAGAUCCUGGGGAUUGCGAAAAAUGCUACUCCGGCGGAGAUCAAGGCGGCCUGGCUGGAAAAGAGGAAGUUCUACCACCCGGACAGAAACCCUGAUAAGUCAGCGAAAGACAACUUCAUUGUUGUCAACCAUUCAUAUGAAAUUCUGAAAGAUCCUGGCUUGAAGCGUAACGCUGAUGAGAUUUGGAAACGGCAAAACCCAUUCGUCGAACGCGCACCGCCUGCUGUACCGAAAAAGAACGUAGUGAAGGCAAAACAAGAGCCCAUGGAGAAGUCACAACCCAAGAACAAAGUUGAUCCUGUGGCCACUCUCAGGCAAAAGGAGAUUCAGGAAGUUUUAGAGGCUCUCCAGCGCGAAGAGGCCAGACUGAGAAGCGAGCGCGAAGAGACCAAAAGGAAAAGCGAGAGCAAAAAGGCCAGACAAGUUUUGGAGGCUCUCCAGCGCGAAGAGGCCAGACUGAGAAGCGAGCGCGAAGAGGCCAAAAAGCAAAGCGGACUGCAGCAGAGCGAACAGGCCCCACGGGAGGCCGAAAACCCCGAAGAGAAAGUUAAGGCUGAAGCAAAAACUUCAACACGAAAAAGGUAUCAUUAUGAAGGCUCUAGCGUGGCAUCCAUACGGCUGAAAACAAUUGAAGCAAGGAAACAAGAAAGGCUGCUGCAGGAAACCCUCUGGGAACAGGAACGGAUGGCCGAACUUCAGGAAGGAUCGAACAUAAUGAAUCAAUCGAAGCAGCCUGUUCAGAGGGAACAGAAAUUCCGGGACCGGUCACCCGAGGAAAUCCUCGCAGACUCGAUGAGAUCGCACACAAGGGGCUAUCAGCUGUACUUCAAAAUCAUUAAAGUAUCGGCGUUAGCGCUUUUGACGCUCUUUGUCAUUAAAAAAGUAGUGGAUCUUGCUGCGGAAGAUGAAAUGAGUUCGCAGAUUGAAGAAAAUCGCAUCAUACUCAACAAUUUGGAAGCUCUCCUAGCUGACGGUCAGUAUUUAGUGCAUGCUUCCCUCCUAGAUAUAGCACUCAGAUUGUUGGAAACUGAAAUGUUUAUUAAUGAGCACGCGGAUUGGCUCAAUCUCGUCGACAAGAACAUCGAUGGAGUAAGCUUCAUGCGGGAUAUUGCGGCUAGAAGGAUGGCGUUGGGGAUAAAGUGUCAUGAGGUGCCUUCACAGCAGCAGGGAGUUCGAAAAAACAUAAUCGACAUAUCUUCCUCGCCUCUCUUGAGCAGGUUUAAGCCUCCAGGCUCCAAUCCAGCUGUCAAGUAA